AUGAGGAAAUCGAAUCCUAGGGGCCUUCCUGCGAAAAAGGAUAAAAAUAACAUAACAAGUGCAGGAGUGUCGUCUCUGGGGCUGGAUAACAGCACAAGGACUAGUAUUCAUGACAAUCCAAUUGCUGGGAAUCCUACUAUCCCAACUAACUUGCAUUCCCUUUCGGCCAUUAUCGAUGAUGCUAUUUGUGUUUCUGAAGCUGAGUGGGUGUCUCAGAUUGUUUAUGCCACGAAGCAAAGAAUUGGGAGGAUACCAAGAGGUGGAUGGAACCUUAUCCGUGAGAAGUUUAAUUCAAAAUUCUCGAAGAGUGCAAGUCUCAGUCAGCUCAAAGGAAUGGUUAAACUAAUGAGAGUGGAUAAUAAUUAUGGAAGCAAUUGCCAUCAGAAGCAAUUUCUUGAGAGCUCAGAAAUUUCCACUUUUAGAAAGUGUCUAGAAGAGUUGAAUAUACAAAUUAAGAAUAUUGAAUCGAUUCCAAGGGAUUCACGUAAACCAACUCCAAAAAUUCAAAAUAAAUAUUUGAAAACUGAUAUAUUGACAGGAUUGAAUUCGGCGAUAUAUUAUAUUACGAAAGAUAAUCAUCCUAAUGAUAUCAAUAGCAUUUCUGAUAUUCUAUAUGCUGCUCAAUGUGCGUAUUUAUCUCUAACCAUGAGAGACAAAGCACAGAGCACAUGGGUAGAAAAUAUUGAAAAGAAAAUUUCAAAAUUAUCUGCAGAAUUGGAAAUUGUUAAUGCCCAUUCCAAUCAAACACUACCUCCAUCUGAAAAGCAAAAGGUAAUGGAUGUUCUCUGUCGCUAUGGGUAUAAGAAAACUAAGAAAGGUGAGCUGUCGAGGAUUCAGAUAUUAUUGCAAGACCUGAUUAGGAUUAACAAUAAGAAAAUAGAAGUUCAUAAUUCAAGGAAGCAAUUUCGUAAGGAUAAUCAGUGCUUUGAAUUAAAUCGAAAAAGAUUCUAUCGAGACUUAACAAAGAAAGAGGAAGUGACGCUGUAUGGAUUUGAUGAUGAAGAAUGUGUCUCUUUUUGGCAAAAAGUCUGGAGCGAGAGAAAUGAGAGGCCUCAAUCUUAUGACGUUGUUGGAAAACGAACUACUUGUGCUGAACAUAUGCUUCCAGAGUUUACGGAAGAGUUUUUUGGAAAUGUUAUUAACUAUCUUCCUGACUGGAAGGCAUGUGGAUGUGAUGGGAUAUAUAACUUUUUCAUUAAGAAGAUGGAGUCAUUACAUGGAUUUCUGUGUCACGAGAUAACCCGAAUAAUUAAUGGAGAAUACAUGCCUGAAAGUUGGUUUUACACUGGAAUAACAUAUUUGAUUCAUAAAAAAGAUGAUUGUGAGACCCCGAAGGACUUACGUCCUAUAACGUGUAUGCCGACAUUGUAUAAACUUGUCACCAAAUGUGUUAAUGUAAAACUGGCUGAUUUUGUCGAGGCAUUUGGCCUAAUUUCAGACAACCAACUUGGAACGAGGAAGUAUUGUCAAGGCGCCAAGGAGCAAGCUCUCAUUAACCAAUGUUUGAACAAGGAGUACGGGAAUGGCCUUUAUUCUGCUUGGGUCGAUGUGAAGAAAGCAUAUGACUCAGUUGAUCAUGAUUUUUUGUUUCACGUUUUGGAUUGUUCUGGAAUCCCGCUUUGGAUCGUAAACUUUGUGAAGAGCGUAGUUAAGAAGUGGGCAGUAAAGCUGCAUAUGGAAGGUAGAAGAAUUGGAUCAGUGAAGUUAAACCGAGGAAUUUUACAGGGAGACUCAUUGUCUCCUUUACUAUUUGUUAUGGUAUUAGAUCCUCUAAGCAGGAUCCUUAAUUCCGUGUUUCCAAAACUUGAAAUUAACCAGGAAGAUCCCAAUAUGUUAACAUAUUCUACUAAUCAUUUGCUAUUUAUUGACGAUCUAAAAAUAUUUGCUCUCAAACAAGACACUUUACUCAAAAUGAUGGAAGCUGUUAACGGAUUUUUUAAAAUUGUUGGUUUGGAGAUGAAUUCAGAAAAAUCAGCGUCUAAUUUGGAAUCAUUAUCAUGUUGUAAGACUAUUGAUGGAAUCAAUGGAUAUCGGUAUUUGGGUGUACUUGAAGAUGGUGGAAGCAAUGUUCUUAAGAAUAGAGUUAUGGACUCUAUCUUUGAGAAUGUUAAGAAGAGGAUAACUAUGCUAUCGAAAACAAAACUCAACUCUGUGAAUCUGUUUCGUGCUAUAAAUGAAUAUGCAUUGUCACUAUAUAAUUAUUAUAUUGGGCUAAUCAAUAUUGAACCUUCUGAAUUUGAUGAUAUUGACAGACAAAUACGGCAAUUGCUUACGUCGCUCAGAUUACAUCUCAAACCUGCAAAUAAAGAGAGACUGUAUUUAAACCGGAAGGCUCUUGGAAGAGGGCUUUCAUCAGUUACUUUCAAAAGUGAACUAAUGCUCUUUCAGUUCCUUACGAGUCUGGAAAAUAUGUCAACUAUAUGCUUACGGAGGGCGGGGAUUCUGCGUGUAAUUAAAAUGAAUAAAUGGCAUUUGGCUAUGAUCGCAGGAUUUCUAUCCUCCAAAUAUGCAAUUAUUGAUAAGAAGAGUAUUACUAUAGAGUCUCUAAAGUCCAGUCAGAUACAAUAUUUACAAAAGAAAAUUAGUUCUAAAGCACUACAUUCUGUGCUUUUCAAAUGUGUGGAUGAACCUAAUGUUGAUUUACCUGCAUCCUCAGAAUGGCUAUCUUAUGGAAAUAAUGGGCCACGAAGCGAAGCAUUGUAUUGUCUUUUGCAAGAUCGAAACUUGUUCUUUGCAUCCGCUGACUCAUUAUGCAAUCAUUGUAAGAAAAGCAAGAAAACUGUUGACCACAUGGCUACUCAGUGUGGUAAAAUGCUCAACAGUGAUUAUCUCCGGAGACACAACGAAGUUGUGAAGUGUAUUCACCUUAACUUGUGCCGAAUGUAUGGACUCAAAAAAGCAAGACGAUUGAAGGGACAUUCUGUUCAGUCAACACUGUCGACGGGAAAAGUUGAAAUCAGGGUUGAUUCUACAAUCCUCACCGAAACAAAAGUAGAAUAUAACAAGCCAGAUAUCUUUGUCCACGACAAAGUCAGAAACGAAAUAAAUCUAAUUGAAGUGGGUAUUACUUCACAGGAUCGCCUCAAGCAAGUGGAGGUUGAAAAGUGUCACAAGUAUGACCUAUUGGCAAGAACGAGGACAUACAUCCAAUCCGUUGUACUGAAAAGAACGCUCGAGAGUAUGAUGAUCGAACACAAGCACGGAAUGAAGGUAUCUGGUGAAGAAUACGCUUCUGCUUCCAACCGGUAUGUGGAGAUGGCAUGCAAAAAUGAAGACGACCCAAUGAAUGCUAAAGAAGAUGCAAUGGUUGAAUCAGAUGUGGUAGUGGGGAAUUUUGACGAUGAAAAUAGAAAUAUUUUCAGACUAUUUGACGAAAAUGGAGACGGAAAGAUUAGUUCCCAAGAACUGAAAGACGCAAUGCUUAUGUUGAAUAACAAUCUGACAGAAGACAAAGUAAAACAAAUAAUGAAUGAGGCGGACGAAGAUGAAGAUGGAUUUAUUGACUACGAAGGUUAA